AAAACCUCAGUGUUUACACAAUGUCCGCAUUAGGAGUACUCGUAGGUUAUUUUCCCCCAAUAACUGCAAACAUGAAUACCAUUUUUGCAGUACUUCUUGUUUUCGUUGGGUGCUGCAGCAAUGUUGUGUUUCUGGAAACGCUUGUAAGAGAGUUCCCAGGAUGUGGCAACAUUGUGACCUUCGCUCAAUUUGCCUUCAUUGCAUUGGAGGGGUUCAUCUUCGAGACGAACUUUGGAAGAAAGAAACCAGCCAUCCCUAUGAGCAACUAUGUAAUCAUGGUGACCAUGUUCUUCACAGUCAGUGUGAUCAACAACUAUGCUCUCAACUUCAACAUCGCUAUGCCUCUGCACAUGAUCUUCAGAUCUGGAUCGUUAAUAGCUAAUAUGAUCCUGGGUAUAAUAAUUCUGAAAAAAAGGUAUUCAAUGAGUAAAUAUCUCUCCGUAGCGAUGGUGUCUCUGGGCAUCUUCAUAUGCACCAUCAUGUCCGCCAAACAAGUGAAUGUAGGUACUAAGGGCUCAGAUGAUCAAGGUGUAUAUGCCUUCCUGCACUGGCUGAUAGGUAUCGCCAUGUUGACCUUUGCACUGCUCAUGUCUGCGAGAAUGGGCAUUUUCCAGGAGACCCUAUACAAGCAGUAUGGCAAACACUCCAAGGAGGCUCUCUUCUAUAAUCACUGCUUGCCUCUGCCUGGAUUCCUGCUUCUGUCCUCAGACAUCUAUAACCACUGUGUCCUCUUCAGUCAAAGCACUCCUGUAGAGGUUCCUGUGAUUGGCCAGGCUGUGCCGGUGUUGUGGCUGUACCUACUGCUGAACGUCAUCACACAAUACGUGUGUAUCCGCGGUGUCUUCAUCCUGACCACAGAGUGUGCCUCUCUCACCGUAACCCUGGUGGUCACUCUGAGGAAGUUCAUCAGCCUCAUCAUCUCCAUCCUCUUCUUCAAGAAUCCCUUCACCGCCUGGCACUGGGUGGGCACUGGAGUCGUCUUCCUGGGCACCCUGAUCUACACGGAGGUCUGGACUAGCAUCUGCACGGCGUUAAGAGGAAGUGAAAAGCUGAAGAAGAAAAAGACGUAGUAAUAUGCAGUAAAGAAGGCAGAGUGAUACGCAGCACUUUCGUCAAUUCCUUGCAUCCUCUCUCUUUGCCUCCUUCUCAAAACGAAUUGGAGAAGAGGGUCCACGGGAGGGGGGACCUGAAACCAUCUCCUCCAAUAUGGUUGAGAAGGAGUAGAAGUGAGAGGAUGCAGGAAAUCACAGAAAGACAAAUUGAGAUAGAGCCAACGUGUAACGCCCUGGCCAUAGAGAGAGGUUUUUUGUUCUUUAUUUUGGUUAGGCCAGGGUGUUACAUUGGGUGGGCGUUCUAUGUUCUUUUUCUAGGUUUUUGUAUUUCUGUGUUUUGGGCCGUGUGUGGCUGUAACGGCUGUCUUCUGAAAUGAACCAAGGCGCAGCAGGUAUGUGAAUACUCAUUUUUUAAUUACCCAACAAAAGGAGUAAAGCAUCCACAGGAAACAAUAAACGUGACAGCAACAACAGUUUGCAGGCUAAAAAACGCAGUGCAAAACAACCACCAACAAACCCCAGUGACAAACAACUCCUACAUAUAUGACUCCCAAUCAGGAACAACGAUUCCCAGCUGUUCCUGAUCAGGAGUCACAAGACACACACAAGACUGCCACGUCCUGACCCCCAAACUACUACACCAGCUCCAUCUGCUGGUCAGGACGUGACAGUGGCUCCCAAUCAGGCACAGCUGAAGUUCGUUGUUUUUGAUUGGGAGUCAGACAUAAGGAGCAUGUUUUCCCUUUGGGUUUUGUGGGUAAUUGUAUUUUGUUCGUGUGUUUUCCUAACAGAACUGUUUGCUGUCGUCUUUUGUUUAUUUUUGUAGUGUUCUCUUUUUUUCAUUAAAAGACUAAUGAUGAACACAUCCUCCGCUGCGUAUUGGUUCACCUUUUCAGACGAUGACUUCUCUGUUUCAUCUGACGACGAAGACAGCCGUUACACAACGUCACAAGAGAGUGCCUUUGGCUGCACUGUUGUGUGUGUGUGUAUACAUUUGUUGUGGGUGUGAUUGCACACUGGAGCCUGUUUCCCCCCUCGCUCUCUACUGCAGUUGCAGUAGGAGCAGGUUGGUCUUUAAUAGAAUCAUCAUUAAAAAAA